CUCGUGGACCGCACUAUAAAGCGGACUUAGUGAGUUACAGGAGCAUCACACUUCAUCUAUCUUCACCAUGUUCACCAAGACUAUCGUUGCCCUCGCCCUUGUGGCCGUUGCUGCAUCUGCUCCUUCUCUACCAGCCUAUGGCUAUGCUCCUCAGCCAGCCUAUGAGGUCCCUGCCAAGUACGACUUCAACUAUGCUGUGAAGGACGACUACUCCGGCAACGACUUCGGUCACCAAGAAGCUCGCGAUGGUUAUAAUACUCAGGGUUCCUACUACGUCCAGCUCCCCGACGGUCGUCUGGAGAAGGUCGCCUACACUGUCAACGGCGACUCCGGCUACGUGGCCGAGGUCAGCUACGAGGGUGAGGCCCAGUACCCCGAGUACAAGCCUGCCUACAACCCAGUACCUGUCUAUAAGCCUGCACCAGUCUACGCCUAAAUGAAAUUUUAAAUUAUGAUGCAUAUUUAUUAAACAGAAGUCUAC